AUGGCUCAGCAUCUCUCACCUCCGGGCCCAGAGAACUUUACCCUUGGGUUGGAGGGCUACGGAUCUAUCAGCCUCGAGCCCCGUCAAACGGCUAGGGCGGUUCCACAUGUAGCCCGCCAACUUUCUUUUCCACCGACCGAGUUGGAUAUCGCCCUGGCUGAACAAAAACGUCAGGCAGCGGUUAUUACCAUGCUGCAACAGCGGCUGGAGGAGCGGGACGGAGGGUUGGCCGAAACCCCUGCAAACGAACAUCAUGCCGAGCCCAGUCGACCGAAGAGAUCCCACAAACGAAGUAGACCAUCUCGCCCAGCCCAAACGGCCGAACUUGCCGUUACCGAACGGCGAAACGUCUUUGAGCGCCUCGAUCAGGGGGUUUCACGACCUCGGCUGACAAGCAUCAUUCGAGCCGAGAGUACUAGAUCCUCGGCAACGGGCUCCACGGCGGGAACCAAUAGGGGAGGCGACUCUGUCCGAACAGAACAUCGUUCCGAACGACGGAUGAGUCAGAAAAGUGGGAAGAGGCCCGUGGACUUAAAUGAUCCACCUCGGCGACCCCAUUCCAGUAGCAACCGGGAAUAUUCAUUUCAAUCGCGACAUGAUUCCGAACGUCACGAUGGGCGACACUCUGCCAACUCUGGCAGUCGACACCGAACAGAAAGCAAAGGAAACCGUUCGGAGCACGAUAAUACGAUUGUCCUGUACGAUCAAUUCACGGGCCUGCCAACCGUGUAUCAACCCAUCGACCCGGCUCUCCAACCUCGGAACGCCCCAUUGACGAGCUUGAGGGAGGCACAUGCGCCCUUAACACUAGUAGCUCCACGACCGAAGGAAAAAGAGGAGCACCGUCGGCGCCAUCGGCGGGAAAAAAGGAGGACUCCGGAGCGGCAUACUGAUGUUCUUCCCCCUAUCGCCCCGCAGAUCGCGGCCGAAGGGAAAACCGAAGACAAUUCGAAGCUCAGGAAGGCAAAGGCUUCCCCCUUCGUGGAUGCUAUUCAACAAGAGCGGCCGCCAGACAGAUUCGUCAUGCCGAAGCUGAAGCGCUAUGAGGCAAAGGAAGACGCAGUCGCGUUCGUUUGUCGCUUCAGGCAAACCAUGAGCCUCCAUAACUUUUCUGACGCUCUUAUGUGUAAAAUAUUCCCGCUCACUCUCAGUGAACCGAUCAUGUUAUGGUACAAUCAGUUGAAGCCCAAAUCCAUUUCUUGCUUUAACGAGCUAGAAUUGGAGUUUAGCAAACGCUUCGUCACCAGCAACAUUCAACCGAAGACAUUAUCGAUGCUGGUGAACAUGCGAAGAACGGCGGGAGAGACACUGCGACUCUAUACCGAGCGUUACUGGGAAGUCUAUAACCUUAUUCCCGACUGUGAUCAAGGGGUAGCAGCCGAGUCUUUCAUGAAUGGAUUGGACCCAACCUCGGCAAUGUUUCGUGACCUCUCACGAAAUCCACCUAAGACAAUGGGGGAGCUCAUGACCAUAAUCGAGAAAGAUUGCGUUCACGAAGAAGCAAUGGCCGAGCGACAUACAUCAAAGGCUGAACCUGCCAAGACGAUAGCGCCGAAGAAGCAGGUAUCGAACGUUCGCCAAGGGCAAGGAAGCCAGGGUAGCUCGGGCCAGGCAUCGAACAAGUCAAACAACAAGGGCCGACCCCCGCAGCACCCUCAGCCACAAUCCUGGACACAAACGAAAAGAGAACCCCGACCAGACGAAUACGUCGCCGAACGUACGGUAUUCACUGAACCUAUUUAUAAACUUCUUAACAUCAUUGGCAAAUUGCCUUUCUUUGUUUGGCCGACGGUACUCUUAGGCACCGUCGGAAGCGGACCGGGGAUGUGCACGUAUCAUAAGGAACGUGGCCAUUAUACCACGCAAUGCCCACCUUUCAAAAGGUAUCUAGAAGAUCUAGCAGCUGCCGGUCACCUCAAUCAGUGGAUCGACGUUAGGCAAAAUCCACUUCCUCCUCCUCCCCCUCUUGUUGGCAAUCUCGUAAGCGUGAUACAAGGGCUAGUAUCCGAAGGAAGGGCUGCCGAACUUCGUUCAGAAAUUGACAGGGCUGUCGCCUCUGCGUCAGUCUGCAACGUGGGAGCUUCGGGAAAGCGAAAAUGGGAAGAUCCGAGCUUCGGCUGUACCAUAACUUUUUCUUCCGACGACUUAAGAGGAGUGCAACUUCCACAUGCAGAUGCCCUCGUCGUCACUAUUGCCAUUGAAAAAUCAACCGUACAACGGGUACUGGUAGAUCAGGGAAGCUCGGCCGAUGUCAUGUUUUUCUCAACUUAUCAGAGCCUCGGAUUAUCUCCCGCUCAACUUCGGACAGCGUCAGCUCCCCUUGUUAGUUUUACGGGAGCCCCGAUAUGGCCACUCGGCCUGAUUACCCUCCCUGUGCGAGCAGGAUCACGCGUCCUGGAAAUUGAAUUUGUGGUGGUCGCUUCGCCAAGUCCGUACAACGUCAUUCUUGGCCGAGCCUGGCUACACGAAAUGCAAGCGGUUGCUUCAACAUAUCACCAGGUGGUAAAAUUCGUCGGAUGGAACGGACGACAGGAAAGCCUGCGAGGCGAUCAAAUCCAAUCCAAGAAAUGCUACAUCAGCACUGUAACGAACAAACAGAGCUGCAUGGAGGUACAAUGCGUGGCUGCCCCUCCUAUCACAGCGAUUGAGGAUGUUAGUGUACUUGCCGAACAACGGUCAGCCGAGGAGCUUAUACGUUUUUCCAUUCCUGGGGCAGAAGGAAGAUAUUUUUUGAUCGGGAGUUCAUUGAGCAUGGACGAACGAGAGGAGAUGUAUCAAUUCCUCAUGAGAAACGUAGAGGUCUUUGCUUGGACACCACAAGACAUGCCGGGCGUGGAUCCUUCGUUCGCCAUGCACUCAUUGAAUGUGGAUCCGAAUAGGCGACCGGUUGUGCAAAAAGUCCGACGCUCGUCGGCCGCGCAUACCGAAGCUGUGAUAGCAGAGGUGAAUCAACUAUUGGAAGCUGGCGUCAUUCGGGAAGUACUAUACCCCACCUGGCUUGCCAACCCAGUGGUAGUCCCGAAGAAAAAUGGGAAGCUAAGGGUCUGUGUCGAUUACACGAAUCUCAAUGACGCCUGCCCUAUGGAUCGAUUUCCACUUCCUCGGAUUGAGCAGAUGGUAGAUGCAACGGCAAGAUGCGAGCGCCUAAGCUUCAUGGACGCGUAUCGGGGCUACCAUCAAAUUGCUUUGGACCCGAAAGAUCAAGAAAAAACGGCUUUCAUCUCGCCUCGGGGAACCUUCUGCUACAAGGUUGUCCCGUUCGGCUUGAAGAAUGUAGGCGCCACUUUUCAACGCUCCAUCACGAAGAUGUUUCCUGGCAUGCUCGGCGUAAAAGUAGAAGCUUAUAUUGACGAUUUGGUUUGCAGAAGCAUAUUCGCUCGGGACCACCUUCGAGAUCUGGGAGAGGUCUUUGCUGUUCUAAAACAUAGGAAGCUACGUCUCAAUGCCGAGAAGUGUGCGUUUGGCGUUAGCUCGGGGAAAUUCCUAGGAUACAUGGUGAGUCGCCGAGGAAUCGAAGCUGAUCCUACCCAGAUUUUGGCUGUGCAGCGGCUACGAGCUCCAACGACAAUUAAAGAGGUACAGCGGCUUACGGGGAUGGUUGCUGCCUUGAACCGUUUCAUUCGACGUUCGAGCGAUCUCUGCCGCCCGUUCUUCCGAGCAAUCACAACAAGCCGACGCAGAUUUGUAUGGACAGAGGAGUGCGAGCAGGCUCUGCAAUCUUUGAAGCAAUACCUAUCUCACGCUCCUUUGCUCGUCAAGCCCCUGCCCGAUGAAGAUCUCUAUCUUUACCUUGCCGUUUCUGACCAUGCAACGAGCGCGGUUCUUGUUCGGAGAGAGGGGAUGGACCAUCAACCGAUCUUCUACUCCACUGUUCUUCGGAAAACGGACACGUCGAGUCGAAUCCUGAAGUUCUCUCAAGACUUGGCCAACUUCGACAUCCAAUUCGAGCCUCGGACAGCUAUCAAAGGGCAAGUCCUGGCCGACUUCUUUGCCGAACUCACUCCCGGCUUACAAGACGAGGCCAAUGCCCUGGCAAUUGCUGCUGAAGACGCUCGGAUUCAAGAAGAAGAGGUUUUGGAAGGGCCGCCCAGCUGUCAUGCCGAACCACUCCGUGCUCGGUAUUCCCUCGGGCGCAAGAAACCCAAACGACAAUGGAAGCUCUUCUCCGGCGACGCUUGGCGACUGACCGUCGAUGGAGCUUCUAAUGUUCAUGGAGCUGGUGCCGGCAUCGUCCUUGUCUCACCCAGCGGGACUGUUCAUGAAAGCGUGGUUUCAAUUGGGUACACGGCGACGAACAACGAGGCGGAAUAUGAAGCUCUAAUUGCAGGCCUCCAACUUGCUCUUCGGCUGGAUGCAGAUUCGGUUCAUGUCUUUUGUGAUUCUCAGCUCAUUGUGGGGCAUUUAAACGACGAUUAUCAAGCCAAAGAUCAACGUAUGAAUGCUUACGUGAGCCACGUCUUAUCUUUGUUCGGCAAAUUUGGACGCGUAGAAGUGGAGUGGAUCGCUCGGGAGCAUAACGCCCACGCUGACGCCCUUGCAGGUCUUGCUUCAGUCUACAAGACCUCGGGUAGUCGCACCAUCACCUUUGACGAGGUCCCCAAACCGAGCUUCGAAAAGCCGUCUGAAGAGGUUAUGGCCAUCACCCUCGGUCCAAGCCAGCUGGAUUCUGUGGUUGCUUACCUGAAGAAUCAAGUGCUACCGACGAACAAGCGCGAAGCGUACAAAAUCCGUUGCCGAGCCGCCAAUUUUUUCUUGGGACCAAAUGACAAUCUCUACCGACGGACUUUUACUGGCCCUGAUCUGCGUGUCGUCCACGACGAUCUCGUGCCAGCCGUUCUGGAGGAACUUCAUUCGGGUAGCUGUGGGGCUCACUCAGGGGGACGGUCCCUUGCACAGCGUGCCCUAACCCAAGGCUAUUGGUGGCCGAAGAUGGUCGAGCAAUCCGAAGACUACGUGAAGCUCUGUGUUCGUUGUCAAAAGCAUGCAUCUCUCAUCCACCAGCCUGCGUUCCCUCUUAAAAUGAUCACCAGUCCACGGCCGUUCGCGGUUUGGGCUUUUGACAUAGUUGGCAAGAUGCCGAAGGCGCCUGGAGAAUUUGAGUACAUGCUCACUGCCACAGAUUUGUUCACCAAGUGGGUAGAAGCUUCCCCCUUGAUCAAGACCACCGCCGGGGAUGUGGAACGCUUUAUUUGGAAGCACAUUAUCUCCAGGUUCGGCGUGCCGUACGCCAUACUAUCUGAUAAUGGUUCCCAAUUUGUCGCCUCCGCUCUCAAAGCUUUUUAUGCGAAGCGCCAUAUUACCAUCCAAAAUUCCUCGGUGGCAUAUCCUCAAGGUAAUGGACAAGCCGAAGCAUCGAACAAGACAAUCACUCGGGGGCUGAAACGCCGUCUGGAUCGGAAGCUUGGCAAAUGGGUGGAAGAGCUUCCCCAUGUCCUGUGGGCCUAUCGAACGACGCCUCGGCGGUCCACCGGCCGUACUCCGUUCGCUAUGGCCUACGGUAUGGAGGCUGUCCUCCCUUUAUCUACUAUGAUCCCUACAGUUCGGGCGGAGAAUUUUAACCCUGUCGACAACGGUGCUCUAGUGGGUUCCGAGUUAGAUUUUGCCGAAGAACUACGUGACAAUGCUAACCUUCGGCACGCCGCGUACCAGCAAGAAGUUGCAAGGGGCUACAACCGCAAUGUUCGUGCUCGACCAUUCAACGUCGGGGACUUAGUCCUUCGGAUGGUUACCGAAGCGACAAAGUUGACCAAGCUAAAAGACCCCUAUGAAGGACCUUACCGAGUGGUUGAGAAGAUCGGGCAUGGAGUCUACAAGCUUGCUGAGAUGGAUGGCACGCCAAUCGCUAAUCCAUGGAAUGCCCAAAAGCUUAGGAAAUUCCAUGGCUAG